AUGGGGGUGAUCUGGGAGAACAUGGAGGAAGCCUGCAGCUUUGGGCCUCGGCUCAGGCCGGAAAUCCCCAUCGGCCGCCGGCUGCCGCCUACCGGCCCUCAACCAGAGACUUUGGGCGUGGAUCGCAGCAACCCUCCAGUCUGGCAGGUGGAGGUGAAUGUGGGCGCCAUCAGUGUUGCUGUGGGUGGCGCGCCGCCUUCAAGCGCGGAGACCUUCCUUGGCUCCGGACCUGCGCUGGCAAGAGAUAUGGAUACAGACGAGUCGGAGGAUGAGGAGGGCUUCUAUUUGGAGUAUGUGCUGCAUUCUGGUCGGGCAGCUGUCCCUGGGGGCCCGUCUGCAGGAGGACCUCACCUGUUGGAGAUUGUGGGGAAGGGAGCGCAGCUGUGCUGGCCUCAUCUCUGCCAGACAGCCUUCAUCACGGACAUUGCAGCCACCUUCAGCCACUACUUUGUGCGGCCAUGGGUUGCACCCAAUCCUGAGGUAAGACUUUAA